AUGACAGAUGAUAAAAUAGUAAUGAAUUCUAUUCAAGAAUAUUCUAAAGUUGGUUUAACAACUUCAGAUACAGAUGAAUCAUAUGCACGUCAUCAUUUAUAUGGUCGAGAUAUUAUAUAUAAUGUUUUUGCUCCACAAUCUUGUUUAGAUCCAUUUAGUCGUAUUGAUUUUGAUCAAUUUCUAGUCAAUAUACAAUUUAUUAGAAGUCAUGCAUCAUUUGUUGUUGGUCACACAGAUUCGAAUGUUGCAAGAUAUUUAGAAGAAAUUAUUUAUGUUGAUCGACAACAUGAAAAAAAUGUACAAACGCGUACAUAUGUUAUCAAUGCACCUGAUGCACUUGAUUAG